CCACACAGGAAGGUCACACCAUCCCUCACUAUGAUCAGAGUGGAAACCUCUGGGAUGAUAAUAUUGAUUUUAAAGAAGAGUAUGAAAAGAAGGAUGAGGAGUAUGGAGUGAUGGAGGAGUUUUCAGAAGGACACAAGGAUAUGAUGGAGCCACCUAAUACCAGGAACCCACCAGAGAGAGGCCCCCUUCCUCUGUAUCCCCGGGAUUGCACACAGAUGGGUCACACCAUCCCUCACCAUCAUCAGGGUGAAGAUCUGAUGAACAUGAAAGUUGAGGGUGAAGUAGAAGAGACGUAUGUGAGGGAUGAUCAGCAAUAUAUAGAUGAGGCUGGAAUGAUGAGGACAUUCAAAGAGGAGGACACUCCUACAGAGAUCAGCACAGGACACGCCAUUAAAGAAUCCUCAAAGUAUUGUCUCACUUUAUCUCCAGGUUGUAAAAUGGAAGAUGAGGACAUCACAGGAGAUACGACAAUGAGCUCAGCUAUGGAUGGAGGACUUCACAGUGUGGAUAGACCAUGGAAUCCCUUUGACGCUGAGCAUCCUUAUACUGUGGGGGAUGAUGCCGAAAUUCAGGGGGAGGAGAUAUUUUCCUGUCCUGAAUGUUGGGAAUGUUUUAGCUCUGAAUUAAGUCUUACUGUACAUCAGAGAUCUCACACAGGUGAGAAGCUUCAUGCAUGUUCUGAGUGCGGGAAAGGUUUCCUUCAUGAAUAUGAAUUUGUCAUACAUUGCAGAUCUCACACAGAGGAGAAAACAAAUUCCUGCCCUGAGUGUGGGAAAUGUUUUAGACGGAAGUCAUUCCUUGCUAGACAUCUGAAAUCUCACGCGGGGGAAAAGCCGUAUUCCUGCCCUGAGUGCAGGCAAUGUUUUGUACAGAAAUCAGACCUUGUUGAACAUCAGAGAUCUCACACGGGGGAGAAGCCAUAUUUUUGCCCUGAAUGCGGGAAAUGUUUUAAACAGAAAUCAAAUCUUUUUACACAUCUGAGAUCUCACACGAGGGAGAAGAUGCGUUCCUCCCCUGAGCGCGCAAAAUGUUCGAAACAGAAAACGAGCCUUGUUGAAUGCAAGGAAAUGCAAAUGAUGAAGAAGUCACAUUCCUGCCCCGUGUGUGGGAAAUCUUUUACAUGUAAAUCAAACCUUCUUAUGCAUCUGAGAUCUCACACGGGGGAGAAGCCGUAUUCUUGCUCUGAGUGUUGGAAUACUUAUUCACGGAAAUCUCACCUCGUUAGACAUCAAAGAACUCACACAGGGGAGAGGCCGUUUUUUUGCCCUGAAUGCGGGAAUAGUUAUUCACGGAAAUCUCACCUCGUUAGACAUCAAAGAUCUCACAUGGCAGAGUAGGGAUGAGUUGAACAUUCCUGGGUUUGGUUUCUGGGAACUGCUCCUAAGUUCUGAAUUCUAAUCCAAACCCCUUUGACAUAAAUGGGAACAGAAUCUAUUAAAUCAAUUCAGUCUGUUUUUAACCUUUUCGCGCUGAUCGUAUGCAAAUAUGCGGCCUCGGCUUGAAGGGGUUGUACCUGAAGCUGCAUGCAUCAUCCCGGUACCAUUUUUUAGAGUCAGCGGUUGGCUUUCUUGAGUUAACAACCGAUGCGGCUAAGAAGCCACUUAGCGGUUAUCCCAAGCAGCGGGCGGGGGAAUCCACCCCCCCCCCCCCCUGCUGCCUUCAUCGGCUCUUCCAAGCUCCGUCCCACCGGAAGGCCCGAGCGACCAGUCCGCUGGCUGGCUGGAAACCCUAACAAAGCUGGAAUCUUCUUGGAGCGGGUCUCAGAUCUAGUAACCCGGGAAGCAAUGUCAUGACAUCACUUCCGGUUUACAGAAGACUAAUGCCGCGUACACACGAUCAUUUUUCGGCAAAGCGCAA